CCGAAAGAGGUGGGAACGUUUCUCUUUCGGAGGCAGGCUCCCGGGGGAACACGGACCGGAAGUGACGUGAAGUUCCGGUUGGCCGGAGCCCAGCGGCGGGUGUGAGAGUCGGUCAGGUGCCGCUGCCAGGAUCCUGAGAUCCCGAGAAGUUGGAGUCAGAGCGGCUCCUCAAGAGUUAUUAAUCUAUGAAAUGGCAGAGAAUGGAAAAAAUUGUGACCAGAGACGUGUAGCAAUGAACAAGGAACAAUAUAAUGGAAAAUUCACAGACCUCUCUUCAAUGAAUGAAAAAAAGAAGAGAGAUCGGGAAGAAAGGCAGAACAUUGUCCUGUGGAAACAGCCACUCAUUACCUUGCAGUAUUUUUCUCUGGAAAUCCUAGUAAUCUUGAAGGAAUGGACCUCAAAAUUAUGGCAUCGUCAAAACACUGUGGUGUCUUGUUUACUGCUGCUUGCUGUGCUUAUAACUACGUAUUGUGUUGAAGGAGCACAUCAGCAGUAUGUGCAACGUAUAGAGAAACAGUUUCUUUUGUAUGCCUACUGGAUAGGCUUAGGAAUUUUGUCUUCUGUUGGGCUUGGAACAGGGCUGCACACCUUUUUGCUUUAUCUGGGUCCACACAUAGCUUCAGUUACAUUAGCUGCUUAUGAAUGCAAUUCAGUUAAUUUCCCUGAACCACCCUAUCCUGAUCAGAUUAUUUGUCCAGAUGAAGGUGGCAUAGAAGGAUCCGUUUCUCUGUGGAGCAUCAUCUCAAAAGUUAGGAUUGAGGCCUGCAUGUGGGGUGUCGGAACAGCAAUUGGAGAGCUGCCUCCAUAUUUUAUGGCCAGAGCAGCCCGACUCUCAGGUGCUGAACCAGAUGAUGAAGAGUAUCAAGAAUUUGAAGAGAUGCUGGAAAAUGCAGAGACUGCACAAGACUUUGCCUCCCGGGCUAAGCUGGCAGUUCAGAACCUAGUACAGAAGGUUGGAUUUUUUGGAAUUUUGGCCUGUGCUUCAAUUCCAAAUCCUCUAUUUGAUCUGGCUGGAAUAACAUGUGGACACUUUCUUGUACCUUUUUGGACUUUCUUUGGUGCAACCUUGAUUGGAAAAGCAAUAAUUAAAAUGCAUAUUCAGAAAAUUUUUGUUAUAAUAACAUUCAGCAAACACAUAGUGGAACAGAUGGUGGCUUUUAUUGGUGCUGUCCCCGGCAUAGGUCCGUCUCUGCAGAAGCCGUUCCAGGAGUACCUGGAGGCCCAGCGGCAGAAGCUUCACCACAGGGGCGAGACGGGCGCGCCACAGGGAGAAAACUGGUUGUCCUGGAUGUUUGAGAAGUUGGUCGUUGUAAUGGUGUGUUACUUCAUCCUGUCCAUCAUUAACUCCAUGGCACAAAGUUAUGCCAAAAGAAUCCAGCAGCGGUUGAACUCAGAGGAGAAAACUAAAUAAGCAGGAAAAGGUUUUUAAUAGCAGAAAUUAGAAUGGAUGGGUUCUGCCUUAAUUGGGAGGACUCCAGAUCAGGAAAGAAAGUUCCCUUUUCCAUCCUGUAUCAAUUUCAGUUUUGUUUUUUGUUUUUUUGUUUUUUUUUCCUGAAAGCAGUUUAGUCCAUAUUUUGCACUGACAUACUUUUCCUUUGUGUGUUACGGUAAGGUAUCCACCCUCAAUUCAAUUCAAGUUGUAUUUUAUUGGGGUGGAAUGUGAUGUUCAGCAGCAAACUUAACAGAAACUGGCCUUUUAUUUAUUACUUUCAAAAGGCCCACAUCAUACAAUUAAAGAAUUCCGGACAGUACAAAAAAAGUUCCUAAGUAUGUUAAAUAUGUCAAGCUUUUUAGGCUUGUCACAAAUGACUGCUUUGUUUUUCUAAGUCAUCAAAAUGUAUAUAAUUAUUAGAUGGGAUAACAGUCUUGCAUGUCUAUCAUGGUAAAAUUUAAUAUGCCAUCCUGCCCAGCCCUUCCUCUCCUUCCUGGAGAAAAGGCCAUUUUAUGAUGCAUUGCACACCCUCUUGGGAAAUUGAUCUUUAAAUUUUGAGACAGUAUAAGGAAAAUCUGGUUGGUGUCUUUCGAAUGAGCCGACACCAUUUUUUAUUCUGUAUAUUUAGAAUGAAGUCAUGAGAAAACUUUAUAAAGACCUCUUUGAUCAUUCCAAAA